AUAGAGAAAACCUUAUAGAAACCCUUUGUUGUUGUCAUCCUCUGUGCCUUGUGAAGCUGCUGCUGCUGCUGCUGUCGUAUUUCCUACUCUUCCCUUCGGAGCUGCAGUGAAGAACCAUCAUGGCGGACAAGGCCGUUACGAUCCGAACCAGGAAAUUCAUGACGAACAGGCUCCUCUCCAGGAAGCAAUUCGUCAUUGAUGUCCUUCAUCCAGGAAGGGCAAACGUUUCCAAGGCCGAGUUGAAGGAGAAGCUAGCAAGGAUGUAUGAUGUGAAGGAUCCAAACACUGUGUUUGUCUUCAAAUUCCGUACAAAUUUUGGUGGUGGCAAAUCCACUGGCUUUGGUUUGAUUUAUGAUUCUGUUGACAAUGCAAAGAAGUAUGAGCCCAAGUACAGGCUUAUCAGGAAUGGGCUUGAUACUAAAGUAGAAAAGUCAAGGAAGCAAAUGAAGGAGAGAAAGAAUAGAGCUAAGAAGAUUCGUGGUGUCAAGAAGACCAAGGCUUCUGAUGCUGCCAAGGCUGGAAAAAAGAAAUGAGUCUUGAGUUGCCCUGUUCUGAUCCUGUGCUGUUUUGCUCUAUUGGUAUUAUCCAACACCUAUUUUCUUUUGUGUUAGGUCUAUAGAAUGAUAUUGUUAGUGGAUCUUGGUUUAAUUUGUGUUCCGUUUUAACCGAGUUUCUGAGUACUAUUAAUGAACAAUUUUGAGAAUUUUUUUUUGUUUGUCAUUAUCCUUUCAAUACUUACUAGUGACUACUUUCAAGUUUCAGUUAUAGUGAAAUAUCGUGCUGUGCGAUUUUUGGGCUAAACAGUCUCAUUCUUCUCCAUGUAGUCCUCCUUCUGGAUUUGGAUCGUAGUACUAGUAUACCAAUAGCAUGAUCUCGUAAUGACAUUUUGACCCAAAUUAUUUUAAUGUUAGAUGUCAUUGGAGAAUGAAA